AUGGUUCAGAAACUUGACCAGAAGCUCCCUGUAGCCAACGAGUACCUGCUGCUUUCAGGCGGUGUGCGGGAAGGCGUGGUGGACAUUGAUCUCGAUGAGCUGAAUGUUUAUGCACGAGGCACAGACUAUGACAUGGACUUCACCCUGCUUGUGCCCGCACUGAAGCUGCAUGACCGCAACCAACCAGUGACACUGGACAUGCGCCACUCGGCUUUGUGCCACUCCUGGCUGAGCCUGCGUCUGUUUGAUGAAGGAACUAUCAGCAAAUGGAAGGACUGCUGCACGAUUGUGGACCAUAUCAAUGGAUCUACCAAUUAUUUCUUCUCUCCGACAAAAGUUGCAGACUGGUUCUAUGACUCCAUUAGCAUUGUCCUCUCCGAGAUCCAGAAAAAGCCUCAGCGAGGGAUGCCAAAGGUGGAGAAGGUAGAAAAGAAUGGGACUAUCAUAUCCAUCAUUUUGGGAGUGGGCAGCAGCCGCAUGCUGUACGACAUUGUCCCUGUGGUGUCCUUCAAAGGUUGGCCAGCUGUGGCCCAGAGCUGGCUGAUGGAGAACCACUUCUGGGAUGGGAAGAUCACAGAGGAGGAAGUCAUCAGUGGGUUUUACUUAGUGCCUGCAUGUUCCUACAAGGGGAAGAAGGACAAUGAAUGGAGGCUGUCAUUUGCCAGAAGUGAAGUGCAGCUGAAAAAGUGCAUCUCCAGCAGCCUCAUGCAAGCCUAUCAGGCCUGCAAAGCUAUCAUCAUCAAAUUGCUGUCCCGCCCCAAAGCCAUUAGUCCGUAUCACUUGCGGAGCAUGAUGCUGUGGGCUUGCGACAGGCUACCAGCCAGCUACUUGGCCCAGGAGGAUUACGCAGCCCAUUUCCUCCUGGGUCUCAUUGAUGAUCUCCAGCACUGCUUGGUCAACAAGAUGUGCCCUAACUAUUUCAUCCCCCAGUGCAACAUGCUGGAGCAUCUCUCUGAAGAAACUGUCAUGCUGCAUGCGCGGAAGCUGUCCUCAGUCCGCUCAGACCCUGCCGAACACCUUCGAACUGCCAUCGAACAUGUCAAAGCAGCCAACCGGCUAACACUAGAGCUCCAACGGCGGGGCAGCACCACCAGCAUCCCCUCCCCGCAGUCAGAUGGAGGGGACACCAACCAGCCUGAUGACCGAUUAGCCAAAAAGUUGCAACAGCUAGUGACUGAGAACCCUGGGAAGUCCAUCUCUGUCUUCAUUAACCCAGAUGAUGUCACAAGGCCCCACUUCAGAAUUGAUGAUAAAUUUUUCUGAGCUUUUGUCAAUGUUUCUUGGGAUUUUUUUCUUUUGUUUCAUUUUUAAAAACUCUUGCAGUGUGCAGGUUUUUUGUUUGGUUUUCCUUGAUGACUUAGUCUCUUGGUUUUUACAUAUCCAGCGUAGAUUGGAUCUGUUGAGAACAAUCUGAAUAAAUUAUAAUUCCUGGUUCUGCAGGACGGUGCAGAUUUUGAAACAGUAUAUUACUAUUUCAUAUGCUGCUUUGAUUUUUUUCGCCCACCCAGCCCCACUGUCUGUGAGUAGUUUCUAAAGCAGAACAUGCACUGUAAACACA